AUGCCACAAAACCCGAUACUUGAGGUGGAAGUGUUUGAUGUAUGGGGCAUCGAAUUUAUGGGCCCCUUUGAGCCACCUUCUCACGGAAAUAAAUACAUCUUGGUGCCAGUUGAUUAUGUAUCCAAAUGGGUCGAGGCAAUUGCUUCCCCAACCAAUGAUGCCAAAGUCGUGAUUAAGCUGUUCAAGAGCAUCAUUUUUCCGAGAUAUGGAGUGCCCAGGGUUGUCAUAAGCGAUGGAGGGAGUCACUUCAUCAACAAAGUCUUCGAGAAUUUGCUGAAAAUGUAUGGUGUAAAGCACAAGGUGGCUACUCCCUACCAUCCUCAGACAAGUGGUCAGGUGAAAGUGUCGAACAAGCAGAUAAAGGGGAUCCUCAGGACGAUAGUUGGAGUGACCAAGAAGGACUGGGCAGCCAAGUUAGACGAUGCUCUGUGGGCUUACAGAACCGCCUAUAAGACACCGAUAGGCAGGACCCCUUUCUCACUUCUUUAUGGGAAAUCCUGGCACCUUCCGGUGGAGAUUGAGUACAGGGCACUUUGGGCAAUCAAACUGCUCAACUUCGACAUCAGGUCCGCCCAAGAGAAGAGGGGUUUCGACUUACAUGAGUUGGAAGAGAUCAGGCUAGACGCAUAUGAGAGCUCCAAGAUUUACAAGGAGCGGACUAAGGCGUUUCAUGACAAGAAAAUUUUGCCGAGGGUCUUCAAGGAUGAAGAAUAG